GAGAUACUGUGUCCCUUUUGAAAAGUUUGGAUUAUAAAGGAAGCGAGAAGACUUAAAAGUCGAGUUUAGGGUUCCUGGUUCUUCGCUGCGAAGGCAACGAUGGCGUUCAAGCAGCGAUUGCACGAGGGCAUGAAAAGUUUCGUGGAGCGAAUAACCAGUCCUCGCACGGUCUCGGCAUUCGUCGAGAAAGGCGUGCUGACUCCCGCGGAAUUCGUCCAGGCCGGUGACAAUCUCGUCGCCAAGUGCCCUACCUGGUCCUGGGAGAGUGGCGACCCUUCCAAACAGAAGGGACAUUUACCGAAAGACAAGCAGUUUUUGAUCACUAGGAAUGUUCCAUGCUUGCGACGAGCGGCCGCGUUUGAAGAGGAAUACGCAGCUGCUGGUGGGGAAGUUUUGCUCGAUGGAGAAGACGGGGAAGGGUGGCUAGCGACUCACGGAGCUCCUGGGGGACCUCUUAAGGACGACGAUGACACAGUUCCAUCCAUGGACAUGGCGGACACAGAAGACAGACCUCAGAUCCUGAUCUCUGACGAUACAUACGUAAAUCACGAGGAUGAUGUUCCGGAUAUGUCCGAUUUUGAUAGCUCCGAUAACCUUGUGACGCGGGACGAGUUCAUUACGCAGACUGCAGUACAUGCACCCUAUCUAAUAGCUCAUGAGCCGGAUGAUAACAAUAUCCUGCGUACUCGGACCUACGAUAUAAGCAUCACGUAUGACCAGUACUUCCAAGUUCCAAGAGUAUGGCUAACUGGAUAUGACGAGUCUCGAAUGCUUUUGGAUCCCGAGCUCGUCUUUGAAGAUGUCAGUCAAGAUCAUGCUCGACAGACUGUUACAAUUGAGGACCAUCCACACAUGGCUGGGAAGCAUGCAUCAGUUCAUCCUUGCCGCCAUGCCCCGGUUAUGAAAAAGAUCAUCGCCAUUUUGUUGUCACGAGGGGUGGAACCCGAAGUUGAUAAGUACCUUUUUCUGUUCCUCAAGUUCAUGGCGUCGGUCAUUCCAACAAUUGAGUACGACUAUACGAUGGAGUUCACGGUUGGAGCGUCAUGAGGUACAUAAAACCGGUACAUUAUGGACGAGAUAAUGUUCUGUACAGCUUACACCUAGAUAAAUACCAAGACAGCGCAUUCUUUAGAA